CGCCGCUUCCAUCAGCAUGGGACAAGCAUUGUUCGUCCUCCUGUUGACAUCCGCAAUCUCACUCCUUGGAGGACUGACCUUUGGAUAUGAACUCGGAAUCAUCUCAGGAGCACUAUUGCAGCUGCAGGUGGCUUUCCAUCUUCGUUGUAUUGAGCAAGAGGUCCUUGUGAGUGCCUUACUCAUUGGAGCUCUCGUAGCUUCUUUGGUUGGAGGAAUCUUUAUUGACCGGCAAGGAAGACGGAAAGCAAUAUUGCUCAGCAAUGGAGUUUUGAUCUGUGGCAGUCUCAUCCUGACAUUUGCUAGGUCACUUAUUUGGCUGGUGAGUGGGCGUCUGACUGUAGGUUUUGCCAUUUCUUUAUCAUCUAUGGCGUGCUGCAUAUAUGUCUCUGAAAUGGUGGCUGCCCAUCAGCGAGGGCUAUUGGUCUCCCUUUAUGAAGCUGGCAUCACCAUGGGCAUCUUACUUUCGUAUGCACUGAAUUAUAUCUUUGCUGACACACCUGAGGGAUGGCGAUACAUGUUUGGCUUGGCUAUUGGCCUGGCUGUCAUCCAGCUUCUCAGCAUCCUGUUCCUCCCCAACAACUCCAGGACUUUCAGCGCACGCUACAGUGUGACUCAUAGUAGUCUCAUUCAAUCUCACAAGGAUGAAGAUGGUGAAGAUGUAAUAUUUACAUGCCCCGUGGAGAAGAAUUAUUCUCUUGUAGAUCUCUUCAGAUCAAAGGACAACAUGAGAAACAGGACUUUGGUUGGCCUAGGAUUGGUCCUCUUUCAACAGUUCACUGGACAGCCCAAUGCCCUCUAUUAUGCAUCGACUAUCUUCCGUUCUGUGGGAUUUCAGACUGAUUCAUCUGCUAUCCUGGCCUCUGUUGGUUUAGGGGUGAUGAAGGUUAUCGCAACUCUAUUUGCCAUGUUUUUUGCAGAUAAGGUUGGCCGAAGGGUGUUGUUGAUGGCUGGAUGUUGGGUGAUGGCUUUUUCAGUUAUGAUUAUUGGUCUGGCCAGCUGCUCUGUUCCAUUAGAUAUGGUUAAAGACUGUGAAACACUCAUAGAUUCCAACAAUACUUCCUUCAGUUCACCUCCUCUCCACAUAAAUUCAGUUUCUCCACAACCAACUGCUUCCUAUUUCUUAUUGACAAAAGAUACUAGUGAAAUACAAGUUGAAUCAACUUUUGCUAUCAUGGGACCAGCAGUCAAUGCCAAUAAUAAAAGUGAAGAAAAAACCAUUACAUUAGAAACUGAGAAAACCCAAUUUCUCACCCAGUCAGUGGAAGAAAAAGAACGGGAUACCAAUUCUUCAAUCAGUGAGCCCUCUUCUAAGGGAGACAUGCUCCUAAACUGGAUUACACUCCUGAGCUUGAUGGCCUUUGUAAGUGCAUUCUCAAUUGGAUUUGGACCAAUGACAUGGCUGGUCCUCAGUGAGAUCUACCCAGCUAGCAUACGGGGGAGGGCUUUUGCGUUCUGCAAUAGUUUCAACUGGGCUGCCAAUUUACUGAUCAGUCUUACAUUCCUUGACAUCAUUGAUGUCAUUGGCUUGUCGUGGAUUUUCUUUUUCUAUGCACUGGUGGGAUUUGCGGCUGUAUUAUUUAUUUAUUUAUUUGUACCUGAAACGAAAGGACAGUCUCUGGAAGAAAUAGACCAUCAGUUCUCAAAGAAGCGGUUGCUGCAAAGAAAUAUAUGCUGGCACAAACUAUGGAACAGAAGAGAAAUAUACACACGUGCUCAAUAUCAAAGAGUAGACCAUUCUAAUGCUUCCUGAAAAAGGAGCCAUCACUUGUGACGUGACACAAUGGUUACCUAUAUCAUGCUGGAAGUUUUGUGGUGAUUCUCUCAAAGAAAGAAAUUCUGGACAAUUUAAUGAAAAUCCUAUAUUUAUGUAGGUGACAAUAUAAUUCUUUUUUAUAAGUAUGCAUAUUCUGUUAUGUGUAGAUUCUAGCACCCCAGCCCCUGGGGAAAGUAUAUCUGAUACGUUCAUAUAUUUUAUAAAUGUUUGAUAAA